AUGUCGGAGCCGUCCGUCCCCAAAGAUGAUGAGCCGCGGGUUGACACCGUGGAAUCACCCACCAAACCACCAGCGACACAGGAGGCGCAGGCGCACGGCACGGUUCAGCUUCUUCAAGGGGGCUCAGUCGUCUUGAUUCCAACUCCGAGCCCGGAUCCAAAAGAUCCUCUAAACCUUCCAACAUGGCACAAAUACCUCAUCAUCUUUGUGGUUGGCUCGUACUCAGCAAUCGCCGUCCUGGUCACCUCCGGCCUGGGAGCUGUAUUCCCGUCAGUCCUGAAGGAGUACCCACCUGAAGACGCAACUCGAGCGACCGAUCUCCUCACCUACCCGACGCUUUUCAUGGGCAUCGGAAACCUCUUUUCUAUGCCCUUAUGCGUCCCCCUCGGGCGGCGGCCCGUCUUCCUGGCUUCGCUCGUCUUGAUGGUGGUCUCGGGAAUAUGGUGUGCAUUCUCCGGCUCGCUGAGCAGCCACAUUGCAGGCCGCAACUUCUACAGCAUCGCAGCCGGCCAGAGUGAAGCUCUGGCUCCCUUCAUGAUCGAGGAGAUCCACUUCCUGCACGAGCGCAGCGCGAAGCUUUCCUGGUUCAUUGGCGUUCAGACUGCGGGCACUGCUGGCAUGUUCGUUGCGACAGCUUAUCUAGUGCCAGCGUGGGGUAUCAAGUGGUGGUACAUUAUCGUCACUUUGAUGAAUGCCGUCAUCCUGGUCUUGGCUGUCUUCUUCGUGGUGGAGACCAAGUAUGAUAGGCCAGAAGACGCUGACCGCGGCGUUGUUCAUCUCAAGUUCGACGACGAAGGAAACGUUACCAAGACCGGCGACAUGGAGAGAGUCAUCCAGGUCACAACACGCGAGAACCACGUUCUUCAACCCGAAGCGUUCGGUGAGCGAACCUGGCGAUCCGACAUGAAGAUCUUCCACUUCAAGCCCGACUGGAGUCAGACUCUCGUGUUCUAUAAGGAGACGUUCCAGUCUCUGUGUCUUCCGAAUAUUGUAUGGAUGUUGCUCAUCAACGGAACUUUCCUGGGUAUCUAUGUCUACCAGGCAUCAACUUUUGCGACGAUUCUCAUGGCUCCGCCGUAUUCAUUCCAGACCGAGUGGCUUGGGUAUGUCCAGCUCGUCCAAGUGCUGGACUGCGUCAUCAUGGUUCCCCUCCUCGGUUACGGGUCAGAUAUCCUGGCGCGGAAGAUGAGCACGUGGAAGAAUGGCGUCUUUCAGCCCGAGUACAGACUCAUCAUCCUCAGCAUCCCAAUCAUAUCAGCAAUCGCCGCAUGUGUGUUUUACGGUCAAGCCGGCUCGCAUCCGGAACAGUGGCACUGGAUGACGAUCGUAGCGCCGUACCACGUUGGGUACUUCGCUUUCCUGGGCGCGAACUUGAUCGGAAUCACCUACGCCAUUGACAGUUUCCCGAGCAAAGCCGGGCCGCUGCUGUUGGUCAUCUGUGCUGGUCGGGGUUUCAUCUCGUUCGGGCUCAGCUAUUCUACAGUGCCGCUGAUCAACCUAACGGGGUACAACGGUGCGAUGAAUAUCUUUGCAAUCAUUUCGGGUGUGCUCGGGGCUAUCACGAUCCCGGUGUACUUCUUUGGAAGCCGGAUUCGAAUGUGGGCGACGAAGAAGCUUUGGCCUGAGAUGGCCCAAUAG